GAGUUUUAUUUUUUUAAUGAACAGCCUAAUUUAGUAGGCUGUUGUAUCCUGUAUUACAAUGUUUUUAACUAAAGAAAAAGAAAAUCAACACAGUAAAAUUAAUAAAAAAAGUAAGAGUGGUAAGACAAGUUAAAAAUAAGGUAGCGUUAACGAGAUCAGAUGAACACAAAAUAAAUAAAUACAUGUUAGAACAAUGGUUUAGAUACUAAUGAUUAAAAUAAUAAAACUAGUAAGACUACUGUUCUAUUAUCAAAACAAAUACAAACUAAACUAAACUAACAAAGCAGUAUUAGUAUAUUAAGCACUAAACUAAAGUUGGAUACAAAAGUUAAAACUAAAUAAGAACAAAAACUAACGAAAAAUCAGCAGCUAUUAAUAACAUAGCUUACAGAAAAGGCCUUUUACUCUGUCUUACAGCCUCGUUAUGCUAAACAAGCUAAUGCUAAUGCUAGUUAUUAUUAUUUUUAUUUUAUUUUUUGGCUAAUGCUAAUUAACGGCUGGGACGUCUGAACGUUGUGACGUCAAGCAACGGUCACUGUUGUCCAAGCAACGGCUCGUUCAAAAGAGUUUCACAUCAGAACAUUUUUCAUACUGAAGAGAAAAUAUCCCCGAGACAGUUCAAUGGAAGGCCUAUCUGAAUCGUGGAGACCAGGACCGGGUUCUUCGAGCACAGGUACGGGUCAGGGCGGUCAGGACCUAAACAAGGCCGCCAUUCAGUGUUUCCAGGCCGGGGACGUGGAUCAGAUUCAGCCGUUAGUCCCGCCGUUAGAAAACUACUGGGCCCCGAUGGGAGCACGGUGUGGAUAUGGAGACGGAAACCUGCCCCCCAUAUCGACCUUUGGAAAUAAAUAUCUACCAGACCAGCACGUGUCAGUGGGGCUCAGAGGCAGUGAUUGUAACGGGGUCGGUACCCGAUCAGAAACCGUCCCUUCUGAUCCCCAGCAGGUGGGUCCAGGUCAUGGUCCAGGUACAGCCGGGGAAGACCCCAUCCGGGUCACCGAGGGGGCGAGUUUACAACCGGCUUUUACAGCCUAUGUGAGGGAGCCGCUGAACCAAGAUCCAGUCCACCUUACCCAGACCCCAGAAGAACCGGGGAGUGGAGGGGAUCCACUUAACAAUGUGAUCGACCAGCUAACGGAGGAAGACUUGAUGCUGUUACAGUCCUACCAAAGCAAGAGCGGACACAUUAAAAGACCGAUGAAUGCCUUCCUCGUGUGGUCUAACAUCCAACGGUGUACCCUGAAGGAGCAGAAUCCUGGAGAAAACUUGAACUACACCAGUUCUUACCUGGGGAAUGAGUGGUCCAAGCUCAGCCAGGAAGAGAAGAGGCCUUACUUUGAAAUAGCUCAAAAACUGAAACGCAUCCACCAGAAGAGAUUCCCUGAUUAUGAGUAUCGCCCCCAGAGGAAAAGAAAGUGUUUGUCUCCAAGUCCGGGAGGAGGACAGGACACCACCCCGACUCGCACACACACCUCCAGUCCUCCUCAGUCUGAGUUUCAAGGCGCUGGCAUGAACGCUUGGCCGACCAUGAUGCCCUACAUAGCAGGCCACUAUCACUGCCCAUCUUUCUACCAGUGCAUUCCCCUAGACCUCUACUCCAGAAGUGACGUCCAGUCUGCAAGGACUUUCAACAGACACCCGAAUACCUGCAGCGCUAUGAUGCAAGAGGUAAAUUACGGGAACAGUCAGCAGAGAGAUGAGAGAAACCAGGCCUUACUCUACAACGAGCAACAGGAGCAUUAUACAUCUGAUAACUAUUACAAAUGUAUGACUGGCUCCGGCACAACACCACAUAACCUGGAACCGACUGGUGUUUCCACCAGUCAGCAGCUUUCAGCCAACGACGCAGUGGGCUUUAAAUCUGAUGAUUUUGUUGACGUGGUUGGACUGCUUUAGGAAGUGUUUAGCAUUCACAAGGAAAGUCUGGAUGUGGAAAUGUGUCUGAAGAACAUAUUACCUGGUUUUGUACUCCAACUGGUCUCCACAUGAAGGUCAUUACAUUAUUUGACUUUACUAUUGCCUCUGUGUACUAUAGCUACUUCAAGCAACUCAAGAAACAAGUGUUUUUGUCCACAAAAUGUUAAAAAUAAAAAAUAAAAAAGGGCUUGAUGUUA